AUGGAGGGUUCUGAAGAGGGACCCAUGACCCAAGGCGAAGGGGACACCAAUGGGGAGAAUGCACCCCAAGGGCCGGUCGAAUCCGAAGCGGAAGUUGAAUCUGAAGUGGAAGUCCAGUCCCAAACCGAAGCUGAACCCGAUGUGGAAGGAGUUCAGCCAGGAAUGGGAGGAGUCGGCUCAGAAGUGGGCAUAGAAUCUGAAGAAUCCAAAGUGGAUGUUGAGUUCGAAGUGGGAAUCAAACCUGAAUUUGACUGGGAAUCCCAAGGAGAGAUGGAAUUCGACCUGGAAGUGGAGUCCCCUGAAGUGAAAUCUGGUUCCAGGUAUGUAAGUGACACACAGCUCAGUCUGGAGGAACCGUCUGCCGACGCCGAAGCUGUCACCCAUACACGUGAAGAAGAAACGGAAGCAGCUGGUGCGGAAGAUUCUUACAAAGACGCAGGAGAAGAGGCAUCGGAGCCUAGUGGCGCGCCCAGCAAAGUGGUGAGUAACCCUGAGCGCUGCUGUGCAGCCGCUCACUGCCCGCCCCGCCCGGCUGCCUGUGCUGGGAACGCAGAGCCUAGCCCAGAAGGGCAGGCACAGCUCUCGUCUGUGACCAGCCUCCACUUAUGCCUGAGCUCCGAUGAGGAAGAGGAGGUCCUCCUGCCCCCGGAGGAGCCGUCCGCAUGGGACCCAGCGGUCUCGCUGGCUCACCCCUGGCUGGUUCCUCCAGGUCUCUCUGAGGCCCACAGACCGGAGUCAGGCCAGCAGCCCCCCUUCCUGGACCGCCUGCAGCAGCUGAGCACCGAGGAGGAAGGGGUCCUGAUGGGGCAGAGGGAGGCCGAGGGAAGCGAGGAGGAAGAGGAUGAAGACACGUCGCAGCUGGUGGUUCUGGACCCAAACCACCCCCUGAUGAUCAGAUUCCAGGCUGCGCUCAAGAGCUACCUGACUCGGCAGAUUGAAACGCUGAAGCUGGAGCUGCAGGAGCUGGCCGUGGCCACUAAGCAGACGCGCGCGCAGCGGCAGGAGGUGGGCGUGAACCUGUACGGGGUCCAGCAGCACCUAGCGCGCCUGCAGAUGCAGCUCGAGCGGAGCCAUGACCGCUAUGCGCUCGUGGCCAGUGGGCGGCGGCAGCGGGAGGAGGAGCUGCAGGACGCACGCACCCUCUAUGCGCGCACCAACGAGGCCGCCAACCAGGAGCGCAGGAAGCUGUCGGCCCUGCAGGCCGAGGUGGAGAGGCAGGCCCUCCAUCUCUUCUACAUGCAGAAUGUGGACCAGGACGUGCGUGAUGACAUCUGUGUGAUGCAGCAGGUCGUCAAGAAGGCCGAGAUGGACAGGAUGAGGGCCGAGGUGGAGAAGAAAAAGCAGGACCUGCAUGUGGACCAGCUGACCAAUCAGGUCCACCAGCUGGAAGAGAGCAUCGCCCUGUUUGAGACCAAGUAUUUCGCCCAAGCUGAGGACACGCGGGCCCUGCGGAAAGCUGCGAGCGAGGCUUGCACGGAAAUCGAUGCCAUCACCAUGGAGAAGCAGUACCUCCAGCAGCAGUGGGUCAGCAGCCUGGUGGGGAUGAAACAUCGAGAUGAGGCACACAGGACCAUCCUGGAGGCACUGAGCCAGUGCCAGCAUGAAUGCAAGUCCAUCAAUGCAGUGAUCGAGGCCUAUAAGAAAUCCAUCACAAAAGAGGAGGAGAAGAAUGAAAAGCUAGCCAGCAUCCUGAGUAGGGUGGAGAAUGAAGCCAGCUUCAUGCAGAAGCUGACCGACCAGUGCCUGGCCAAACAGGAAGCUCUGCAGAACGAGUUCAACACCUACCAGCUGACCCUGCAGGACACGGAGGAUGCCCUCAACAAGACCCAGCAGGAACACACAGUCAUCAUGGGUGAGCUGCAGAGCAUCAACCAGGCCAUCCAGACCGAGAUGGACAUGAAAAGGAAGAUGGAGUCCUCCAUCCUGGAAAAACUUCAGGAGCACAUGACCUCCAACAAGAUGGCCAAGUCCUACAACUAUCACAUCCUCAAGCUGCAGAAAGAAAAGACGAAUCUGGUGACUCAUCUGUCCAGAAUCAACGGGGACAUCGCACAGACCACCCUCAACAUCACCAACACUGAGUGCCGCCUGGACAUGCACCAGAAGACGCUGGCGGGGCUGGACAAGGAGGUGAAGAACGUCAAUGAGCUCAUCACCAACAGCGAGAACGAAAUCUCCAGGCGGACCAUCCUGAUUGAGAGGAAGCAGAGCCACAUCAACAGCUUGAACAAGCAGCUGGAGCAGCUCGUCUCCGAACUGGGGGGGGAGGAGCUUGGGCCACUGGAGCUGGAGAUUAAGCGGCUGACGCGGCUGAUUGAGGACCACGAGGCCAGCGCCAUCCAGGCCCAGGGCACUUGGCUGCGGCUGCAGCAGGAGAUGGUCAAAGCCACACAGGAGCGUGAGGAGCAGCUGGCCGACCUGGACAUGUUCAAGAAGACGAUACACAUCAUGGAGCAGAAGAAGCUGCGGGUUGAGAACAAGAUCACGCAGGAGAAGAAGGAGCAGAAGGAGCUGGAGCGGCACAUGAAGGACCUGGACAACGACCUCAAGAAGCUCAGUGUGCUUACGAGCAAGAACCGGUCCACCUCCGAGCAGCUCCAGCAGCUCACCAUGGUGACCGAGACCGAGUUCGUGCGUGCGCUCAAGGCCUCGGAGAGAGAGAGCAUGGAGAUGCAGGAGCGGCUGAACCAGCUCAACGAGGAGAAGACGGCCAUCCUGAACAGCCUGCUGGAGGCAGAAUACCAGAUCAUGCUUUGGGAGAAAAAAAUCCAGCUGGCCAAAGAGAUGCGCGCCUCGGUGGACUCGGAGACCGGCCAGGCGGAGAUCAGGGCCAUGAAGGCUGAAAUACACCGGAUGAAGGUCAGGCACAGCCAGCUGCUGAAGCAGCAGGAGAAGAUGAUCCGAGACAUGGAGAUGGCCGUGGCUCGCAGGGACACCAUCAGAACCCGGGCGGAGGGCCAGAGCAGGAUGCAGACGAAGGCGCUCACGCGGACGGACUUCCACCACCAGCAGGCGGAGCUGAGGCAGAAAAUCCGGGACGUGAACAAGGCCACCGAGCUGAGCUCCAAGACCCUGGAGGAGCUGGAGGAGACGCAGAGGAGGACAAGCGACAACCUGACGCAGAGGCAGCAAGCCCUGGCCGAGGCCCAGUCUGAGUCCGACACCCUGGACGCUGACCUGCAGCGGUUGGUGGGCCUCAAGCAGCAGAACCUCCUGGACAUCGUGACGCUGCAGGGGCGCGCGAAGCACCUGCAGGCUGUGAAGGACGGGAAGUACGUGCCCCUGGUCCGCUCUGAGCAUGCACUGCAGGCAGAGAGCAUGCGGCUGGACACCCGGCUGAUGGUCCUCGCCUCCAUCCUGGACCACGUGAAGAACGAGUACCCGCAGUUCCAGGAGGCCCUGCAGAAGCUCAGGCAGGCCAUUGGCACCAAGCUGGAGGUGCCCGAGGCUUCCUAG